ACGUUUCCUAAUAUUCUUUUAUUUGGUUUUUUUUUUUAUUUUUCUAAACCCAAUUCUAGUUGUCCUAAACUAGAUUGUUCAGAUAAAUUUUAAUGGUUUUGGUCUGAUUUCCAAAAAUAUUAAGAUUAUUAUUAACCAUUAAUACUACUGCAUACCCUAUAGGUACCUCAGUAUUUUAGUAUCUUGCAUUCUUGCUUCUUAUAAUGUAUUGUGACACUGUGGUAGAUUAACAUCAACGGUUCUUUUGUGUUUGUGUUUGUGUUACGGCGGACAUGUUUUGAACAGGAACACCAAAUGUAAUGUCAACAGAUCCGCAUUGGUUAAAGGGAGUAAUAGCUGUUGCAGUUGGCAUUGGAAUAACGGUUGGUUCAGUUGGGGUGGUUUUUAUAACACGGCUACUAGAAAAAAAAGAAAAACUUUUAUUAAAACAGGAAGUUGAUGAAUUAAAUAUUGCAAUACUUGAUCUUCAAGCAGAAUUUAAAGCAUUAAAGAAAAAAAUUAUAAAACCAGGAAAAAGAUUAACCUUGUCUAGUAGCACUAGUGUAACAAGUGAAGCUAGUUUGUAUACAGCACUAGGAACUGACGACGAAUUUCACGACAUGUCAUCAGAAAACGAAGAAUCCCAAAAUUCAAACAUUCUUAAUGAAAAUCCAGAUGGUAGUUUGUCUUCAGAACAUUUUAGCGACCAUUAUACUGGACCUUCUUUACUCAGUGAUGAUAUUUUUGAUCAAGUAGAUGAAUUAUUUGAAGGUUCCGAUGAAGAUAAACUUAAAGCUUAUGAAAUAUUAGUAAACCUUAAUGAAGAACGUACAGACGAUAUUGAGGUACUUUGGAGGUUAGCAAAAUCGUGUCAAUUUGUAUCAAAAUAUUAUACGGCAGCAAAAAAAAAUCCAGAAAAGAGUAAAUCUGUUAUUGAUGAAGGUUUAAAAUGGGCAAAGCAUGCUUUGGAAAUGUAUCCAGGUAAUUGCAAUGCACACAAAUGGUUUGCUAUUUGUAGUGGUGCUCGUGGUCAGUUAGGUACAACUAAAGAAAAAAUUGAAGGAGGUUAUGUAUUCCAAAAUCACAUAAAUGAAGCAAUAAAAAUCAAUUCUCGUGAUCCAACUUUAUAUUAUUUAAAAGGAAAACUUGAAUAUGAAGUUGCUGUCUUGUCAUCUUUUGACCGGCGUAUAGCUAGUUGGUUAUAUGGAGAAGUACCUAAAGGUACAAUACCAGAGGCUAUUGAAUUAUUUUUAAAAUUUCAACGUGAAUCUCCAAUUCAGCUAAAAGACUGUCACCUACAUCUUGCCAAGUGUUAUCUAGCAAAAAAUGAGUAUGAGACUGCUGUGCAUUGGUUAGAACAAACGUUGCAGCUUCCUGUCAAGGAUUCUGAGGACAAAGAAACGGAUAGUGAAGCCAAUCAACUUCUCAAGAAAUAUAUAAAAUAUAAAAAAGUUUAGGUCCAUUUUUAUUUUCUGAGAAUUUAUUAUUUUUUUUCUUUUAUGGCCAAACAACGUGAUUUUUAAAUUUUCAACUCUAUUUAUGUUUAUUUUAUUUAUUUUUUGGUGUGAUGUAACAGUGGUAUAUUAUAAUUUAAUUUUAGUUUAUUUCUAUACUGUGUUAUAAACUUAUAAACAAAAAUUAUUUGCAUUUCCCCGAAAUUUUAAAAUUCCAAUCAUAUAAUUUUGAAAAUAUUGGCUCUCAGUUUAUUACAGAGUAUUAUUAUAUUUUUGAGACUAUUAAUUUUAUUUAUUUAGACCUUUUAUGUUCAUAAUUGUUAUUUUUACAAAUAGUUAUCAUGAAUCAAACAAUAUUCGAUCAAAGUAAUUGCUUUGAUUUAAUAUAAUAUACAAAUAUAUUUUUUUUUUUAAGAAUUUUACUGUAAGGAACUGCCAUGUUACCUCUCAAAAUAUUUAUUAAAUAUUUCUUUUUUAUUGUAACCUUUAAUACACCACUUUUGCAAUAUAACUUUAUGAGUAAAAAUUUAUAUUACUAAUGAAUUGGCCUAUUAAUGUUGGUUUAAUUUAAAAAUAGUGUAAUUAAUUACUUAUUAGUUGGAGAACUAUAAUUAUAAUUAAAAUAAAUAGUGAUUAUAGUAUAUUAACAUUGUAAUAAGUGAAUCAUUAAGUUGUGAAAAAUUGAUGUCUGUUCAUAUGCGUUACUUUUUUGUUGUGCAUUUAUAAUUUAACUAUUGAGUAUAGUUUAGAUAAUAUAAUCUACUCAAUGAUAAUAAAUGAUACAUAUUACAUUUUGAAUUGUAUAAGAAAAAAAAAUGUAACUUAUACAAUUACACAUAAAAAAAUAUAGUUAAAUAUAACCAAACAUAUUUUGUAUUAAA